CCAGCCCGGCCGUCUCCGCCGUCAGCGUCCGCUCCCGCUGCCUGUACACGCAGCUGGAGGAGGGCCGGCUGCUGCUGCGCCUGCUGAAGGAGAAGGGCCGCGCGCGGCUGACGGGCCGAAGCCUCUGGCGCCGGAUAGAGACCGAGCGCUGCGUGCCCCGCCGCACUUGGCAGUCACUCAAGCAGCACUAUCUGGCGGUGAUGGAGCCCCGCCUGGACGAGUACGGUUCGCUGACAAAGCGGCAGCGCAACUGGCUGCGCGUGCCGGCGCCGCUACCGCGCCGCAGCCGCCGCCGACCGUACGAGCGCGAAGAGGACGUGGCCAUCCUGCGCUUCUUCAUGGAGGCGCCGCGCCGCCUGCUGGUGGCGCGUGGCAGGGCCAUCUGGCAGGAGGCAGAGCGCGCUUUGGGGCCGGGCCGCACCUGGCAGUCACUCAAGGAGCGCUUCCUCAAGAGCAUCGUGCCCAACUGCGAGCGGUACGCCGGUGAAGACGUGCCGGAGCCGUUCUGCGACGAGGUGCGGCGCGUGCUACUUGAUAGCGAUACUUCGGACUGUUCGUAGCGCUCCACGCAGGGUGACACGUCAAACAGCCGCAUGCCUUUCAGCCAGGACUGUGUUCGUUGCUAGUCGGGCAGUCGUGCCAAGUUGAGUGCGCUGUAUCCACGCGAAGAUGUUACGUGUGCCAUAAAUCAUGGAAAGGUC